AUGAGCACCGACCCAGAACCAGUCGCCGAGCCCCAAAGCGCACCAACAAUGCCGGCCCACGCCCAAGCACCAGCGUCAGAACCGGCCGCCGCGCCAGAGGGCCCGACCGGUGCCAAGGUUCUCUCCGGCCUCACCGCCCACAUUGCGCCGCUCCGGCUCACAGGAACGCGCCCACACAUCCUCGCGCCCAUCGCCGACGCCUCGCCUGCGGCGACGAUGAUCGAGCUCGCGGACGAUCCACCCAUCCAGAACCACCCAGUAUCGGCGCCCCAGCCCAUCUCCGCACCAAGGGCAGUGCCUACUGCGCACCCUGUCGUGCAGCCCUCACCGGUCAGCUCGGCACCACUGGGCUCGCCGGUUAACAUGACUCACCUGCACAGCCGCUCGCCACAAUCCCCCUCCUCGCCCCCGUUCACCGCAUCGUCGUCCGCCUCGUCGCGCGCCCGUGGCCGCCCAGCAUCGCAGCUUGUCAGCUCGAUGGGUGCGGCGAUCAGCAUCAAGCCUCGCAGUAACUCUUCUCUAACAUCGAACCGCCCGGCGCCCCCAAGCCCCGCUGGUUCACGGCCGCAGUCGCAGGUGCUCGAGUUCAACCCUCGCGACUUGCCUAUAGCAUUCAGCGCCUCGCCGAUCAGUCCACCCGCCAUUGCGCGUUCAUCGCCGUCCCCUGUCGGCCGUGACCGCGCCGCAUCAACGUCUAGUGCCAUGUCCCAGGGUCGCCGUAUGCGCCCACGGUCGAUGCUCGGCACCAGCGUCUUGUCCGCCAGCGAGGGCACAUCCACAUCGGAUCCCACAACACCCUGCACGCCGCCCGCAGCAGUAUUGGCGCGACGCGGAGGCAGCUUUGACGCCCGUGCGGGCGGGUUCGACCGGUCUGCGGCUGUCGAGGAGGUCAAGGAUGAGCAAGGCGAAAACGGCUCGAGCGGAUUCUCCGAGGGUACGUCGCCGCCGCCCUCGGCUCCAGCCUCGGUCGCUACGCCCGGCUCGCCCACCAGGGGGAGCACCCUCGCUCAUCUCGCGGUCAGCCUCGUGCGCCGUGUAAUAGUACGCGAUUUUGCCUUCUCGCAGGACGACGAGCGGUUCCUCGGCCUCGGUGCCCAACGGCCAAGGAGCAACUGGGGUGAGGGCGAGCCGGAGCCAGAGCCCUCACCGGUCAAGCAACACGGCCACUUCGGGUUGUUAGGCCAUUGGGGUGGCUUCCUACGCCGCGAGACUGACCCUGUGGAGCCGGACACGGACAUGGGCGGCUUGGACACACUGGGAAAUGUCCAAUCCAACAUCGACUACUGGAGCGAUGGGGACGACGUUGACAACGAUUCCGACUACGUCCUCGACGACGAGGAGCCGGACGGACUGUACCGCGCUGCAUUCGCUUUCGAGCCAGAGGGCAUAAACGAGAUGGCGGUGGAUGUCGGCGACCUCCUCGACGUACGCGGGCGCGGUGGCGGUGGCGACGGGUGGGUCGUCGCCACGCGCCUGGAUACCGGCGCUGAAGGCCUCGUUCCAGAGGGUUACCUCGAGCGGGCGCGUGAAGCAGAGUACCCCGCCGAAUGGGCGACUGUACGUGACGUCCGCGCCAAACUUGCGGCUGUGUGUGCUGAGAGCCUCGAGACACGCGAGCUCAGCGAGUCCCCAGGGUCUACGGACGACGAGGAGAGAUUGCGGCGCGUGCUCGAAAUGAACGCGGGGCAUUGA